AUGAGAGACCAGGAAAUCGCUUCUCUGAAAGCAGAAAUGGACACGCUGAAAGCGCAGUUGGUUGCAACAUCGUCAGUUGCAAGGCAAGAAGCGAGUUCUGUUCAUUCUGCAGAUUUGAAAAAGCUUGCUAGUGAGAGGCUCGAAGCGAUUCGACAAAUUGAUUGCAGACACAAGCAAAUGGUAGGUCCUGCUGCUGCCCACUCAACUCCUCUGUCGGGGCAGAAAGAUUGCAAUGUUAAAUUGCAAGAUGCGUCAAAAGACAGUUCGUGCCAUCAGUCAGAUAUGGCAAAUUUAUUGACGAUCUUGAAUCGCAGUCAAGUCCAGGAGUUGCCCUCUUUUUCGGGGCAGGAUAAUAAAGAAUGGCCGUAUUUUGAAUCGGUAUUCAUAUCAACAACAGUUGAAGGCAACUACAGUGCCAAAGAAAAUGUUGCUCGUCUAAGAAAGGCACUAAAAGGCGAAGCUUAUAAUCUGGUGAGCGAUCGUCUAAGGUAUUCUACUGAUGCAAACGCCGUGAUGGACUCAUUACGUGCGAUUUAUGGGAGAGCAGAUGUUUUAGUGCACAGUCUCACUACGAAUCUGCUUAAGUUGCCGUCGUUGAGCUCACCGAGGGAUACAAAACUGCGUCAAUGGGCUGUGGUUCUGAAUGGAUUUGUUGCGGACAUCAAGUCGAUGGAUUUAAGUAAGGAACUAGACAACAAUUAUAUUCUGACAGAUCUAGCAAGUAGGUUGUCUCCUGGACAAUACCACGACUGGCAAAAACGAAAAUCCAAGAAGACGCACUCGAAUUUAGAAGAUUUCGCAGUUUUUCUCACUGAGAAACUAUACGACCUGCCACCAGAGUUAUCCAAAGCAACAAAGCAGUUAUCGUUAGACAAAGCAAGCGGCUCCAGUUCAUCACUGAAGGUCCUGACUCACCAACCAGUUAUACAGAGUGAAGAAAAAUGUGUUAAAUGUGAAAAAGCCAAACACACUUUAAGUGAAUGUGAAGAAUUUAAAGCUUUGUCUCUAGACGAUAGGUUCACAUUUGCUAAGAGCAAGGCUAUUUCCUUUAGAUGCUUAAAGUUAUCACCACAUAGAUGGAAAAACUGUUCACAAAAGAAGUUGUGUGGUAUCGAGGGCUGCUCGAAAAAUCAUCAUCCGUCAACAACGAAGCCAACCAUGAAUUCAUCGGCACAUCCUUUCGUUCCACCGUCGCAAAUUCAUUCGUCACAUCUAGAACCUAAAGCUCCAGUUAUGUUCAAAGUUGUUCCCGUUCGUUUAUUUGGGAACAAUAAUAAAUCUUUAGACACAUUUGCCUUUUUAGACGAUGGCUCAUCCAUUACGAUGGUGGAAAAAGAAGUUUUUGAUUUUUUGUACUUGAGAGGUGAACCAGAGCAGCUUACACUCCAGUAA